GUAUUUCGGGAAGCGGGAAAAUACAAUCAACAAACGGGCGCAAACAUUCUGCGACGGGCUCAUUUGUUAUUUGCAGCUAGUUCGUUUGAAAGAAUUAGCAUUGAUAUAUUGAAAAUCUUACAACAAAAGUUUAAAAUGGAGAUGGAUCAAGCAAUGGGCAUAAAUACUUCGGAAGCAUGGUGUAAACAAACUGCUAUAGGCACGGAAAACUCUAAAGAAGUUCACCAAAAAAUUCGAGUUCUCAACUUUCAUGCCAAGAUAGAUAAACAACCAACCUCAAUUGACGAAAGCUCAGCAUCUGUGCUGAAGUACAGAACACCAAAUUUUAGAGUCACUGCAACGAUAGAGAUGUCACCAAUGAAUGACACACAAAUGUGGAAAGUAGGCUGGAUCCAAGCAUGCACAGAUAUGAUGUUUCACAACACUUAUGAUGAAGGAUAUACAAGUUGGGAGUUUCCAGAACUGACCAGUGGUCAGCAGUCCAUGAUCAGUGAUUGUGAUGGCCAUCAUUAUCCAUGGUAUGGCUCUCGUAAUGAGACUGUAAUUUUUGAGGGGCCAUGCAAGAUGUACCAGUCAGCCACCAUUGCAAUGAAUGACAACUUUCAUCCUCAUGUAACCUGGAGAAAUCCAGCCAAUCGCAAUCAAGUUGAACCAAAUCUAACUCAUAUCUGCAGAGAUCAGUCAUUUUAUGUCUGGCUGGUAGCCUGGAACAUGUCUGACCACAAGGCCUACAUUCUGAAAACCGUGCGAUGGAAUAUGAGUCUAGAAAUAGCAGUGGAUCCCACAAAACCACUGGGUCAAAGAGCCAAGCUGAUCAGUAAUCCAAUGCCAAAGCAACCAGAUGUGUUGGAGAACAAAAUCCCUAUACCAAGAUGUGCCUUGAUGCCUCCAAACGCAAAUAGUGCACAGUUGCUGGUCUGGCGACCAAAGAAUGGACCUGAAGUUCUCAUUAUUCCUCCUGUUUGGAAAAAAGAUAAACCACUGGAAGAUCAAGUCAUUCGCUUUGAUAGCAAGCUCUGUAAACUGUAAAGCCAACUUGGGACACUAGUGCAAUAUUUGGUCUGUGAUAUUCAAAGUGCCAAAGCAAUUUUUUUUCUACAGCAUAUUUUUUUUUUACUUAUUUUUCACCUUAAAAUUUUAAUAAAGUAGCAAAUAAAUAAACUUUUUGUAACAACAUGUCAA